UGCAUUCUCCCUUCCAUCUGAAGUAUUGAACUUUGUAUAGUAGAAGUUCACAAGUUACUCCAGAAGGCCCAGAAAAAGGAAGAGACUUAUCUCUUUCCUUCGAUGAACUCCAGUUCUUGUCACACCUCGUAAAAUCCUUGUUGAAGCUGGAAAAUGAUGUUCAGGAAUUGUUUCAAGGAAUGUUUUCAUCACUUAUAGUGCCAAGGAAGUCUUCAGGAGUUUUUGAAAAAUCUAAUAGAAAAGUUAUGAUAGAGAGAACAAGAGCAAAUGAACCCAGUAUUCUUUCAGAGCAAUUGCUACCAGUAAAAGAGGCUACAUUACUAGAUUUUGGCUGGAGAAAUGCAUUUAAGGAACUAUCUCUUCCCAUGGCAUAUUGCAUAACAACUACAGUUGAAAAUUUUUCCACAAGAAUUCUCCAACAGGAACAGAAAGAAAGAUCUUCAGUUAUGAGCUAUGCUAUGAACCUUUUUUGUUCUAACAUCAUGGAAAAACUUGACACAAUACUUCCACUGGCUCUGGCAUGCAGAGAUGAUUCUUUUCAGGAAAUUAGAGCAAACUUGGUGGAGGCCUGUUGUAAAGUGGCAACAGCUGUCCUGGCAAGACUGCAAGAGAGAAGCAAAGAGGUUCCUUCCAAAGCACCCCUGAAAAAUGUGCACAUCCUACUCUCCACAGCGGUCUAUGUCCUCCAGCACUUCAUGCAGUAUGAUCAUUUUAUGAAAGAAACUACUAAUAAACCCAUGUUCCUGGUGCCUGUCCAGAGAUAUCAGGAAUUCAUCAACGCGCUACAGUUUCAGGUUACGAACUACUGCGUCAGAGUUUGUGCUACAAGCAUUUUACAGGAUGCUGAGAGCCACCACUGGGAUGACUACAAAGCUUUUUAUGAGGGGGAAAGAUGCUCCUUCUCACUCCAGAUGUGGCAUUAUUUCUACUGGGCUCUUCAGCAUGAUCUCUGGACCAUACUUCCCCCUAAGUUAGCCCAGGAGAUUCUCACAGAAGUGCUGGAGGAAUCUUUGGGUCUGUUGGCCUCCAGAUAUGCUCGGGCCAAUCCCAGUUAUAAGAGGACUCCACAGAUACGACUUGAUGUCAUAACAAUUUUCACAUGUACAGAGAAUAUGUUAUGGUCAAUUUGUUCAUCUGUACAGGAACUUCUGAAUCCUCAUGCACAUAAAAAUGAUAAAAUUUUAAAAAUUCAUUCCCACUGUAAUAAUCUAUUUACAACAUUAGCCAUUUUGACUUCACCAUUGACAGAAUUAUAUAAAGCCUUUCAGCAUGGCAUGGAUGAGUCAGCUUCAGGCUCCUUGCAAACCUUUUUCAACCAACCAUUACAUUGGCUUUCCUGCAUAUCACAUUUCUACCCUUCUCUACUCAGGACUUCAUCAGCUGGAGGAUUGAAAGUGGAAGGUCAAUUGAAACUGCUCUUAUCCCAGCCCGGUUGUAACUGGAACCUGCUUCUUGAAACCCUGCUGUGUAAUGAUGGCCUUUUACCAAGAAUCUUGUUGAGAAGCUCAAAAUGCAACUUUCAAGAACAAGCUUCUGAGACAGAAAAUAAUCUGAACCAAGCACCCAGUGUAGUAGAAGCCACCUUUAAAGUACUAUACCACUGCAAUCUUUCUCCACAAACAUUUGGAAAUGUUUUUGUGGCCUACAUGGAAGAAGAGCAAUUAUGGGAGUUUUUAUAUAACAUUCCAGAUUCAACAAACAUGGAGUCUGAGCCAGAGGUCGUCCAAUGCUUGAGACUGGUACUGACGGAUGCUGUCAAGGACACUGUGCGUCUGAUAAUAUCUGUGAUGAACCCUGGGAGAAACUGUGAAACAAGCCUAAGCAAACCCAGAGUUCCCAGUUGCUUGCUUGAAAGCAUUCCAAAGGAAUGGAAUUAUAUUCCAAAAGAAACAAAAAGGAAAGAACCAAACAAAGGCUUCACAAGGUUUGCUGCUCAGGCAAUAUCUAUUGUAAUCAGCAAGCUACCUACAGUGAUUGCAUGUUUGCCUCCCUCAAUUAAAUACUUCUUUUUUCUGUCUGAGAGAAAAAUGUCAAAAAACUUUGUGGAAUUGAAGAAAGUUGGCCUGCUUGUCUGGAACUUGGUUAUAAUUACAUGUCGGAUAUUUGGGGAUGGAAACACUGUGGAACUCUUAACAGGUGCCUCCCUUGACAGAUGGAGUAAAGAGAAACUCAGUUUAAUUUGUGCAUGUUUGGAAAGCAUCAUUCAAGGGCACAGUAGCCCUAACCAAAACAUUCAGAAGGUCACACAGAGCAUUGAGCAACAAAAUCCCAACUGGAUAGAACGCCAACUGUUGAAAGCAAGGAAACUUAGCACUGAAUGUGCACUUAUGACAAUGGAGAAAAGCACAGUUUUAGAAGAAGGAGAUACUCCUCUUGAACUGACUGAGCAGAAAAUAAACACGAUGGUCCUGGAUCUCUGCCACAAACCAGGUGGCAGCGAAUACCUGAGGCAAAUUUAUCACAUCAUGCGGCUCAAUGAGGAAUAUUUAAAAGAACAGCUGUUUUCUAUGAAGGGUUCAGAGGAAAAGCCAUUGCCCAUCCAGCCUUUAAAGAUGCCCUUAAGGAGUGUGGAGGAUGCGCCUUCUGCCUUUAACCCUUUCCAUGUGAAUAAGGUGUUCAGUGAACACAUGGUAGAUCAAUCAGCCAUCACAAAAUGGAGCUGGAAUUGGUCAAACUUACUGCCAAAUUAUCUGGGACUGGAUAAGAUGACCUUCAGUGUACUGCUCAAAAACAGGGUUCAUUGGAGGAAAUUGACAAGCCAUCCUGCAGGAUCCAGAUGGUUGAUAUUUUACAAAGAGAAGCAACUACACAGCCUUUUUUCUCACCUUCCUUUUUGA